AUGAGCGACAUCCGCCACUCGCUGCUGCGCCGCGACGCGCUGAGCGCGGCCAAGGAGGUGCUGUACCACCUGGACAUCUAUUUCAGCAGCCAGCUGCAGAGCGCGCCGCUGCCCAUCGUGGACAAGGGCCCGGUGGAGCUGCUGGAGGAGUUCGUGUUCCAGGUGCCCAAGGAGCGCGGCGCGCAGCCCAAGAGACUGAAUUCCCUCCAGGAGCUUCAGCUGCUUGAAAUCAUGUGCAAUUACUUCCAGGAGCAAACCAAGGACUCUGUCCGGCAGAUGAUUUUCUCCUCCCUUUUCAGUCCCCAAGGGAACAAAGCUGAUGACAGCCGCAUGAGCUUGUUGGGAAAGCUGGUAUCCAUGGCAGUGGCAGUGUGCCGCGUCCCUGUGUUGGAGUGUGCGGCCUCCUGGCUCCAGCGGACACCUGUCGUCUACUGCGUGAGGUUAGCCAGGGCCCUCGUGGAUGACUACUGCUGCCUGGUUCCAGGAUCCGUGCAGACACUGAAGCAGAUCUUCAGUGCCAGCCCCCGCUUCUGCUGCCAGUUCGUGACGUCCGUCACCGCGCUUUAUGACCUGUCCUCAGAUGACCUCAUCCCGCCUCUGGACUUGCUCGAGAUGAUUGUCGGCUGGAUCUUUGAGGACCCGAGGUUGAUUCUCAUCACGUUUUUAAAUACGCCGAUCGCAGCCAACCUACCAAUCGGAUUUUUAGAGCUCACCCCGCUGACGGGACUGAUCCGCUGGUGCGUGAAGGCGCCUCUGGCCUAUAAGAGGAAAAAGAAGCCCCCGCUCGCCAACGGCCACCUCAGUAACACGGUGACAAAGGACCUGGGCGUGGACCUGGACGGGGACUCGCACGUCCUGUACUCCAAGCUGCACCUCAGCGUCCUGCAGGUCCUGAUGCUCCUGCAGGGCCACCUGACCGAGAAGAACCUGUACGGCCGCCUGGGCCUCAUCGUCUUUGACCACAUGGUCCCGCUGGUCGAGGAGCUCAACAGGCUGGCGGACGAGCUGAACCCCCUCAACGCCUCCCAGGAGAUCGAGCUCGCGCUGGACCGGCUCGCGCAGGCCCUGCAGGUGGCCAUGGCCUCCGGGGCCCUGCUGUGCACGCGAGACGACCUGCGAACCUUGUGCUCCAGGCUGCCACACAAUAACCUGCUGCAGCUGGUGAUCUCCGGCCCCGUGCAGCAGCCUCCCCACACGGCGCUGCCCCCCGGGUUUUACCCUCACAUCCACACCCCGCCACUGGGCUACGGGGCCGUGCCGGCCCACCCCGCCGCCCACCCUGCCCUGCCCACGCACCCCGGGCACACCUUCAUCUCAGGCAUGACCUUCCCCUUCCGGCCCAUCCGCUAG